CUCAUUCUGUUGUCUGUGCGACCGUGUCCCGCACUCCUGUCCUGGGACUUGAACUUUGAACAUAACAACAACAACUCUCCCGAUAUCUGAUUGUUGGUUAUUAUUUUGUGUUUACGACUUCGGUAUUUACGCCGUGCACCGCGGUCGUCUCCAGUUUGAUAUUCGUGUCGAGUUGUUGUAGCUGUUGAGUUCGUGUGAAUACGUCUAACUCUGCACAUCGCAGUUAGGUAUUUAUUCGGUUUUUUAAGCGACGAGUAAAUUUCGCUGUGGCCGUCCGAUCUUACCUCGAUCUAACGAUGAACAGCAGCGACAGCGAUGAUUUGAACGAAGAAUUUUUAACCGACGACCAUCAAAAUUUCUUAUCCCAAGGACAAGAUACUCAAGAUGGGGUGGAAAUGGUCACAUUGGACAAUACAGACGACUCAUCAAAUCAAGGAGAAGUGUAUGAACUUAAAUUUGGCAAACCACUUAGAGAACAAGAUAGAUUCCUUCCUAUUGCUAAUAUUGCAAAAAUCAUGAAAAAAUCCAUACCAGAGGGUGGAAAGAUAGCAAAAGAUGCUCGAGAAUGUGUACAAGAAUGUGUUUCUGAAUUUAUAAGUUUUAUAACCAGUGAAGCUAGUGACAGAUGUUUCCAAGAAAAACGUAAAACUAUUAAUGGAGAAGAUAUUCUUUAUGCAAUGUCUAAUUUAGGUUUUGACAAUUAUGUAGAACCAUUGAAACUGUAUUUGCAAAAAUAUAGAGAGGCUACAAAAGGAGACAAAUCAAUUGGAAUUGAAGAACUGUCGGAUGACGUGUUUUCCAAUGACACAAGUUAUACAAAAAUAUUUGGACAAAACAGUCAAAGUGAAUCUGUCAUUUACUACCAAGAUCCAAUUCAACAAUUCCACAUAGUAUAGUUAAUUUAAUUCUUUUUAUUACUUUGUCAUUAGACUGUAACUAUACAUGUUCAAAAAAAAAGUUAUUGCACUAUUGUAGCUUUAAGAUAUAAUCUGUAAAGGAUAUUUUAUAUACUAUAUAAAUUGAUCUACACUUCGA